CAUGGCGGAUAUAAGGCUCUAUCCCUCCUUUCAUCAGCUGAGUGAGGAAGAAUCGAGCAGCAACACACUGCAAUCUGACCCUGACCUGCACACACACACACACACACACACACACGCACACACACUUUAAUACACACAGUAGCAGAAAAGCAGACAUAGUUCAGUGCUGACCAUCACUCAUCAGCACAAAACCUCACUGCUGUUUUCCACUGAUCACCACUGUCAUAACACAUGCCUCUGUGGCUCUGAUCCCUCUUUCCAGUAUUAUAUCAUAUCAUCAAUAUCACUUGAAAAUCUUAUAACUCCAGUUUGGUUUUUACUUGAAAUUAUGGGUGUUAGCAUGUAAACUCAACAUUCAAAUAAAAUCAUGGAAGCCAUAAUAGGCUUUGAAGAAGACUUCAUGGUAAUGAGCCAGCCAGCCGAGGGGGGUUGUUAAUAAAGACACUGAGUCCCCGCCAGCUGCAGGGUGCUGAUCUGUUGUUGACCAUGACCUCUGACCCUUCCAGGCCAAACAAGAGAUAGUUACCUUGCAGAGGUCAGUAAUGAAUACAGUAGGUCAGUAAUAGUUGUACAGGUAGUAUUAGGGAAAGCUUUAUAAACUUGAUUGCUCCCUGAUUUGAUUUAUUUUUAUUGCUAAGAGUUAGAUGAGAAGAUUGAUACUGCUGUCACAUCGGUACAGUAAGUUACAACGAGCAGAUGUUACCUUAAACAUGAAGACGGGAAACAGCUAGACUAGUCGACUGUCCAAAUGUAACAAAAUCUGUCUACCAGCACCCCUAAAGCUCCUUAAUUAACACACCAUAUCACGUUCCGUAUGCGUGUAAAAACACAAGUUGUGGUUUUAAGUGGAUUUUGUUACUUUUGCACAGAGAGUGCCCCCCUCCCAUUUCCAGUCUUUGUGCUAAGCUAAGCUAACAGCUGCUGGCUGUGGCUUCAUAUUUACCAUACACAUUUGUCAUGAGAGUGGUAUCAAAUCCCAUCCAACUCUUGACAAGAAAGCAAAUAUGGCUAUUUCAUCAAAACGUGCCUUCCUACAACAUACAUGCUUAAUUAUAGUUUAAAUAAAUUAAACUGUUUGGUCUGACGUGAAUAAAAAAGCCAACAUUUUUAGGCUUUCAAAGUCUUCAGGUGGUGUGCACUUAUCCCUGUCCACUGUCCUUCUUUUACCAGUCCACAUCAGUGUGUCAUACCAACCCUGAUCUACGCUCCAAAUGAAGAAAAUGAACUGUGUGUGUCCAUGAGAAAAUGAAAUGGACAGAAUUAGAAAAUAAGAUUCCAAAGGGAAGUAAAGUAAGAGAGUUUGAAUGGUUACUGUGUAACUGUGAGUGUGUGUACCUUAGUGUGUGCAAAGGGGGGGUAAUUACGGUGUAGAAUGUCCUCCUCAUCACUGGAGCUGACCUAAGAGCACAACAGUUAAUCAUCCACUAACCGGCAGAGAGAGACAGAGUGAGAGAAGGAGAGGGAAGCCAGUGUUGCAUGAUGCACAGUUGAAUUGGAAGAGAAACACUUUGAGGCACCUGUGUUUGAUAAAAGGUAGAAGGAAAGAGGAGUCUUUUAUCAGUCUGGAAUAAAGGAUAUACUCACCUGAGAGCUUUGGAAGGAUAACAAAUCUGCAGCCGAGGACACGCACCUGCUCCUAAAGAGGGAUUUUUAGCAGCAUUCUCCCUUCUUUCAAUCAACCAGUGUGUGUUUGUUUGUGUAUAUCAGUAAGUUAGUAUGUGUGUUCUGUGUGGACUGUCCUGUUUUUGGAUUUAACUGUGUGUAUGUGAGAGGUGGCCACAUGGGGCCCGGGCCCUGUCUGGGAUGCCAGCUGCAGCAGUGAAGCCCGCUCCGGAGGACAUGGUGGCGGAGGGAGGGGGCGAAGGAGAGCAUGGCGUGUCCCAGUGGGAAGCCACGGGGGUGGGCCGGGAACGGCUGCCCUCCCUGAAGGUCCCCAGGGAGCUGCUGCGGAGCUUCCCCCACUCCAAACGGGUGGGAUCCUACCUGGUGGGGAAAAUGAUAAACAAGGGUUCCUUUGCCAAAGUGAUGGAGGGGCUGCACAUCGGCACGGGGGAAAAGGUAGCCAUUAAGGUGAUUGACAAGAAGAAAGCGCGACAGGACUCAUACGUGCUGAAGAACAUGAAGAGAGAACCUCGAAUUCAUCAGAUGGUCCGACAUCCUCAUAUCGUCGUCCUGCUGGAGACUCUGGAGACGGAGAACAGCUACUACAUGGCCAUGGAGCUCUGUGCUGGAGGAGACCUGAUGGACAGGAUCUGUGAGAGGAAGAGGCUGGAGGAGAGGGAGGUACGACGCUACACUCGUCAGAUCCUUUCUGCAGUGGAACACCUGCACAAACACGGCAUCGUACACAGAGAUUUAAAGAUUGAAAACUUCCUGCUGGACGAACAUAAUAACAUAAAGAUUGUGGACUUUGGCCUGAGUAACAUUCUGAAGGCUGAAUCUUUGUCUCUGGAGCUCCUCAACACCCAGUGUGGAAGUCCUGCCUACGCAGCACCUGAGCUGCUCGCUCACAGGAAGUAUGGACCCAAAGUGGACGUCUGGUCGGUAGGUGUGAGUAUGUUUGCCAUGCUGACAGGGACUCUGCCCUUCACUGUUGAGCCUUUCAACAUCAAACACCUGCACCAAAAGAUGGUCAACGGAGAGAUCAGCAGCAUCCCCAGUGACGUCAGCAAAGGUGCGGUGGCGUUUGUGUUGUCUCUCCUGGAGCCGGACCCAGAUAAGAGACCCAGUAUCAGAGCUGCGAUGGAGGAGAGGUGGAUCAAUGAGGGAUAUGCCAAGAAACCACUACACACACUCUCUCAUAAAAACAGGUUGUGUCCAGAGGAUCUCAACUCGUCUGUGCUAGCAUACAUGACUGAGACGCUGGGCUACUCUCUCUCUGAAAUCAUUCACACACUCACCACCAACCGACCCUCUGCCAUCAUGGCCUCCUACCACCUGCUGCACAACAAGCUCAGCAGGAACCAGAAAGGAGCCAAGGCCAGCAAGAAGCUAGAGAGCAAUGACUGGAGUCUUCCAAGCAAGAAUACAUGGCGAGAGAGGAAUAACACUGACUCAAAGACUCAGCAACAGAAUGAACCGACCAAUGAAAAAAGCUCAAAGCAGUCCGGCAGGCCUCUAAGAGCCCAACAGACAACUGAGUGUCAGAACAACAGGAAGAGGCCCGAGGACCUGCACAGGAAGGACCACCGAGAGGACGCAGAGAACCGCUCCCCCUCUCCAUCUCUACCCCAGCUUCCUCACUCUGCCUCCCCCUCCAUACCCCCUCGCCUUCCCUCCCCCUCUCCUGCCCGUUUGUCUGCAGAGGAUGGAGCCACUGAUGAGGAGAUCGCCAUCACCUUGGACACCAGAGAGAUGCUGUUCCCUGAAGUGUCUGCGUUCGGAGACAGAGAGCUCGUCCAUCUUUCUCCUCCGAAAAGCUCUGCAUCUCAACUCUGUGACUCUGCCCCUUGCCAAGUCCCCUUACCUACUGAGCCAAUCAGAGACAGCAGCACGUCUAGACCGAUCCGUCACACACACCUGCUCAGGACAACUCAAUCAGACGGGGCAGCAGACGCUGGGUCAGACUGCUUCCAUGACAACCACCACCAGGAGGACUACUCUCAUCACCUGAGCAUCAACGAGCGUCUGGAGAAGCUGCAGACAUUUUAUUCCUCAGAGAAAAACGGCAUCUCUCCCAGGAUGCUCCUGGAGGCCGACACACACACCACACACUCCGCAGACAGAGACCACCUGGGCACCAUGGAGAGGACACAGACGUCCCCCUCUGCCCCACUGCCCCGCCUGCGCAACGUGGGGCUAAAAGAUGGACGAGGCCGGAAGAUGACAUGGGUAGGGUUGACCCGACCCGGGCCCCCAGGACUACUGGUGAACGGGUCUAAACCUCCCGCAUUCCCCUCGCAGAGACAACAUACUUUGGUCAUUAAGAGCCUCAGACAGGAGAGGGGCAAGAGAAGAGAUCUGUCGACAGCCGGAGGAGGAGAGAGAGGGACAGCAGGAGGAGGGAUGAAUGGAGCAAAGAGGAACUCAGUUCAGUUACGUUCAUCUCUCCAGCGUCGGGUGGCGGACCUGAAUCUGCCGCUGCUUCCUGCAGCCCUGCAGGGGAAGACAGAGAGGAAGAACCAGCUACACAGCAUGGACUACUGAUACAUAGAUGGGAAGAGACAAUAAACAGACAGUGAUAGAGGCCAGAAAUAGCUGCAAUUGCAGGAUAAGAUAAGAGAAGGAGGGUAGUGACAUAUUUGGAAAGCAGGUUAGCAAUUAAGAAAUACUGGCCUGUAUUGAAAUAGGGGCAACAUUAAGGUGCAUAAAAGUGGAGAAGAAGGAUAAUGGGUGGAUGGUAUGGAAUACUGAAUAGGGCAGCAGUUGAGAACUGGGCAUAGACAUUUUGAGGAACAGGUGUAAACGGCAGCUACAAAAAGAUGCUAAGCUAUAUUCUUUACUUUUACUGUUCAGUUCAUGUAUUGUUCAACAGCAGGACUCCUCCCCAAACAAACAGCAUACAGGAUGCAUCAUAUAUAUGCUGCAGUGCCAAAAAUUCUAAAAACACUCAACAACGCUCAUCAGUUUUAAUGCGGUCUUCAGUAGCUAGGCUUUGGUCUAGCAGUUUACCAUUUUCUUCACCAUGUUAAUCUCCACCCAUCACAAUGUGAAGUGCAGAUUGCACACAAAUGUCUAUUUGUAUUCACUGUUCUUAAAUACAUUUUUGUACUAACAUUGAAAGUUAAAGUAAAAGCAAGUAUCGAUUCUACCCUU